UCCUCUCUCUGUCCGUCGACUGGCUCGCGAUCGUCGUCGCAGUCUUCUUUUUCUGCUUCGAUUCUUCGCGUUCGUGUGAUUUUUCCACCGAAAAAGCAUCAUCGCGAAGAGGAAGCUCCUGGAUCAGCAGCAGCAGCACCACCAUCGAAGAUCAACAGCAAGAGUCUAAUAUCAUUUUGCAUCGCGUGCGAGGAUCAAAUUUGUUCUUCUGCAAAGGACGAUACAUCGAAGGAACUAGUGGUAUCUCAGACAACAAAAUGCUGAACGAAGAACAGGAAUCAUCGCAGUCGAACAGCUCGAACGGUUCCGGAGCGCUUCAACAGCCGUCGAGUGGAGGAUUCCAGUUGAAGUCAAGCAUCCUGCGACAGCCAGCGACUUUCGGAUCGGGAGCUGGCGCUGGAGGAGGAUUCGGAGGACUGUUUGGUGCUAGUUCGGCUGGUGGAUCUUCCGGACCGAUCAACAGCUUCAAUCUGAAGCCCAGCGUGUUGAAGCCUUCGCACUUUGGAGGUGGGUUUGGAGGAUUCGGAGACAAGAAGGCGGAAGAUCAGAAUCAAACAAACAACAGCAAUAGCUUCGGAGCGAAUCCGUUCCUGAAGACGCAGGUUAGCGAAGACGAUGGAUCGGAGGGGGCGAAGAAGGACGACGAUAAAUCGGAUAAAGAGGAAAAUGUGGAUCCGCUGGCCAAACUGAACCGAGCGACCCUGCCCAAGUCGAAUUUGUUUGCCAAUGUGAAAGCAAUCACCCAGAACACGGGAUUCGUGUUUGGACAAAACGUCCAUGAGCGGGUGACCGGUGAUAACCUACAGGCCGCUGAUUCAAGCACGGUUCCGACGGCCGGUUUAUCCUUUUCCAGCACCGUGGCCACAAACAACAGUAACGAUUCGUGCUCAUCGAGUCAGGGUGCUGCCGGAGGAACCCAAACGAAUGCAACUUCCGCAGGCACGUCGGUGUCCGCUGCAUCCACUGGAAGCAAACCGGAAGGAGCGGGAGACGAAAGCUUAGAGGAGGCUGCCCGUCGUUACGAGGAGAGCCGGGGUGCUUUGAAGAGAAAGUUCGAUGAGGUGGAAACGGUCACAGGGGAGGAAGACGAACGGAAUGUAGUGGAAGCAAACUGCAAGCUGUUUGCGUUCGCCAAAAGCAACUGGGAGGAACGGGGUCACGGCACGCUGCGGCUGAACGAUAAAGAUAGCAAAGAAUCCAGGGUUGUGUUCCGACAGGCCGGCAAUCUGCGGGUGCUGAUCAAUACCAAGGUUUGGUCCGGUAUGACAGCGGAGCAAUCCAGCCCGAAAAGCUUGCGCCUGACCGCCAUGGACAACAACGGCCAGGUGAAGGUGUUCCUUGUAAUGACCCGCCCGGAAGUGAUUGGCAAACUGCACAAAGAGCUUUCCAAGCGUAUCCAAGUGGCCAAGGAGAAUGCCCCCGCGGAAGAGAACUCUCUGCUGCAGGACGACGAAGCCGGCAAAGAGAACAACAAUGACAAUGCUGCCACCACCACCACCAAUACCAUCACCACUAGACCGACACCUAGCGAUUGUGAAGACGACUCGGCGGCAGUGUCGGACAAUGCGAGCAAGGAAACCGCCGAUACGGAAGAACCUUGCGCGAAAAAACGGUUCAGUUCGUCGUCUUAAGCAACUUCACUAAUUCAUCAAGCUAUCUAUUUUAUCUAUCUUUACCUACCAACCAGCACACACACAAAAGAUGAAGAGACGGCGGCAUCCGUGCGGGGGGAUGUUCCAAGAGAUCAGCACUAUCCAAUUUGCUUAGAUUUCCGCUCAAACACACUUACAAAACGGUUAUUCAAUUGCAUAUACUCUUGAGAGUGAAAAUUCCUUCCCCAGAAUCGACAAAGUGUACGAUCUGGGGCACAAACUGUUUGUGCGUGCAUAAUGCACGCCUUAACCAAGGAGAUCGAUUAGUGGGGGAACCCAUCGGAAAAGAAUCUGAGAUAGAGUUGGAAACGGCGAAAUGUAAUCCGUUAAUAAGAAGCAAUUUCGAUCUACUGCUGCAUCGAUCGGAGUGAGAAUUGAGACUUCAAAAUACAUUUUCAAUUAAUGAGCUACGAAGCGAUGGGUUUCAGGUCAGUGCUCAUCUUCGUCGUUAUUGUCGUUUGGAAAGAUUGAUUCUGCUACCAACUCAGUAGAGGUAACUUUAGUAGGUUCAUGUUUGUGUAAAGGAAAAUAUGUAACGAUCAAAUGCAGUGAAAUACAACAGGUAGAAUUGUGGAAUGAAAAUAAACUUAAACUUA